AUGGCGAAACAAUCACAGUCACAGAAGCCAGGACUGGUACCGUCAGUCAAAACAACCCCAACCACGGAAAACAUGGCAAACCCAUUCCAAAUCGCCGUUCCCGAUACCCACCUAGAACGUCUGCGGAAAAAGCUCGAGACGGCUGUCUUUCCCGAUGAGCUGGACGACGCUCAAUGGGACAUGGGCGUUCCUCUGAAUGAGAUGAAACGAUUGACCGCAUACUGGCGCGAUGGGUUCAACUGGCGUCGACAGGAACAAGAUCUGAAUGAUAAACUAAAUCAGUUCCUGGUUCCCAUCGCUGUGGCGGGAUUUGGUGAGCUGGACAUCCAUUGCUUGCAUCAUGUCAGCUCCAAUCCAAGUGCUAUCCCCUUGCUCUUCAUCCAUGGCUGGCCGGGAAGCUUCCUCGAAGCCAUCAAGCUGAUCCCUCUGCUGACGACCGGCAACAACGAUCAACCGGCAUUUCAUCUGGUGGCACCUUCGUUGCCCAACUUUGGCUUUUCUUCGGGCGUGAAACAGAAAGGGUUUGGUUUGGUCCAGUAUGCGGAGGCGAUGCAUGCCGUCAUGUCGGCCUUGGGCUACGACGAGUACGCCAUCCAAGGAGGCGACUGGGGCAGUAUCCUCGCCCGUGUGAUGGCCAUGCGCUAUCCCAACCAUGCCAAAGCCAUCCAUCUUAACAUGUUCCCCGUGGCGCCUCCCUUCCCGUGGCGAAACCCCCUUCUCUUCCUUCAAUCCCUGCUGACUAUCCCGUUCUCGUCCACGGAUAAAGCCCAUCUUGCCGUCACCAAACACUACCUGACUCAAGGGAGCGGGUACAUGCGCCAACAGGAGACCCGUCCUCAGACCCUGGGCUACGCUCUCCAGGAUAGUCCCGUGGCCCUGUUGGCGUGGAUCUACGACAAACUACAUGCCUGGUCGGAUGACUAUCCGUGGACGGACGACGAGAUCCUCACCUGGGUCAGUAUCUAUCAAUUUUCGACUGCAGGCCCCGCGGCUUCCAUCCGUAUUUACUACGAGGCCACACGGAAUGAUUCUUCCUCGACCCCCCCGGGCCUCUCGACCACCGAGGUGUUAUCGACCGCAGCUCCGAGUUGUGUCAAGUUGGCUGUGGCGCAGUUCAACCGCGAACUAAUCAAGACGCCUCUGUCCUGGCGGGGGUUACUGGGCUCCGUCGUGCGUGCCAAUGAAUAUGACUGCGGCGGACACUUUGCUGCGUGGGAGGUGCCGGAGCUGCUGGCGGCAGACUUGAAAGGGUUUCUGGGGAAGAAUGGACAGGCUUAUGGCGCUGUCGCUGGGAAGGAUGGGCACUGA